CACGUUGAGCCGGCUUUGCUGCUGCUUUGCUUUCACGCGCCUUCGCAUCAUGUCUUCCAAGAAGAACCGAAAGCGGCAGAGCCAAAGCGCGGAAAAUGGAUCGCUCUUGUCCUCUGCUGCUUCCCCUCGUGCGGGGGCCGCGGCUUCUGCUGGGCCAGACGUCGCAGCAGUGCCGGGGACUCUGGUGGUCACCAACUUUCUAGAAAAGGAUGACAAGAUUCCUAAAGCAUUUCAGAAUUCUCUUGUUCAUCUUGGACUCAACACUAUGAAGUCUGCAAAUAUAUGUAUAGGACGACCAGUGUUGCUCACCAGUUUGGAUGGAAAGCAAGAGGUCUAUACAGCUUGGCCUAUGGCAGGAUUUCCAGUAGGCAAGGUUGGCCUGAGUGAAGUGGCCCAGAAAAAUGUAGGUGUGAGGGUUGGCGAUGCCAUCUGGGUCCAGCCUGUUCUGGGUGCUGUGCUCCAGGCUGAGGAAAUGGACGUGGCACUAAGUGACAAAGAUAUGGAAAUUAAUGAAAAAGAACUGACUGGUUGUAUUUUGAGAAAACUAGAUGGCAAGAUUGUUUUACCAGGCAACUUUCUGUAUUGUACAUUUUAUGGACGACCAUGCAAGCUCCAGGUGCUGCAAGUCAAAGGGGCAGAUGGCAUGAUACUGGGAAAGCCGCAGAGUGACUCUGCAGCUAGUGCUCAGGGGAUGGCCUCCGAGUGGCCCAGCCUGGAAACCAGUAGCCUGGAUAUAUCCUUACAGCUAAGCCAGUUAGAUCUGGAAGAGCCCCGGAACCCAGCAUCAAGAAGUACUCCUUGUAAACCAGAGGACAAGAUUACAAACAAAGCUGUUGAUCCUUUGUUCGAUGUUACACAGAGCCCUGGGGAUGGCAGUGGACUUAGGCUAAAGGAACUCAGAGAUCUUAAGUGCAGUUUUGAGUCUGCCAGAGAAGGAAAUAAGGAACUCACCAAUGAAGAGAAACUGAUAAAACCUGCCUGCACAGGAGCAAAAUGCAAUUCUGAUACUUUUUAUUUUCUUUCUUCAACAACAAGAGUCAAUUUUAUAAAGAGUCAAACAAAUUCAAAAGAGCAAGACAGCCAAUUCAAAGUAACUUAUGACAUGAUAGGAGGCUUAAGUAGCCAGCUGAAAGCAAUUAGAGAACUAAUUGAAUUGCCUCUCAAACAGCCAGAACUUUUCAAGAGUUAUGGUAUUCCUGCCCCUAGAGGAGUGUUACUCUAUGGCCCUCCGGGUACUGGUAAGACAAUGAUUGCCAAGGCUGUUGCUAAUGAAGUUGGAGCCUAUGUUUCUGUCAUUAAUGGUCCUGAAAUUAUAAGCAAAUUCUAUGGUGAGACUGAAGCAAGGUUACGUCAGAUAUUUGCUGAAGCACUUCUACGGCACCCAUCAAUUAUUUUUAUUGAUGAGUUGGAUGCACUUUGCCCUAAAAGAGAAGGGGCUCAGAACGAAGUGGAAAAACGGGUCGUGGCUUCACUCUUAACACUGAUGGAUGGCAUUGGUUCAGAAGGAAGUGAAGGUCAAGUGGUGGUCCUUGGGGCCACAAAUCGCCCUCAUGCUUUGGAUGCUGCACUUCGAAGACCGGGACGAUUUGAUAAAGAAAUUGAGAUUGGAGUCCCUAAUGCUCAGGACCGGCUAGACAUCCUACAGAAACUGCUUCGAAGGGUCCCACAUUUGCUCACCCAAAGUGAACUGCUACAGCUGGCAAAUAGUGCGCACGGAUAUGUUGGAGCAGAUUUGAAAGCCUUGUGUAAUGAAGCAGGUCUUUGUGCCUUGAGGAGAGUUCUGAAGAAACAACCUCAUCUCCCUGAUAGCAAGGUGGCCAGUUUGGUGAAGAUUACUCUGAAAGAUUUCUUGCAGGGAAUGAAUGACAUCAGGCCCAGUGCCAUGAGGGAGGUAGCAAUAGAUGUUCCAAAUGUAUCCUGGUCAGACAUAGGAGGACUGGAAAAUAUCAAACUGAAAUUGAAACAAGCUGUGGAAUGGCCCUUGAAACAUCCAGAGUCUUUCAUCCGGAUGGGUAUUCAGCCACCUAAAGGAGUUCUCCUGUAUGGCCCACCUGGGUGCUCUAAAACAAUGAUAGCAAAGGCCUUGGCCAAUGAGAGCGGACUGAAUUUUCUAGCUGUAAAGGGUCCUGAAUUAAUGAAUAAAUAUGUUGGCGAAUCUGAAAGAGCAGUCAGAGAGAUCUUCCGAAAAGCGAGAGCGGUGGCUCCUUCCAUUAUUUUCUUUGAUGAACUUGAUGCUUUAGCUGUUGAAAGAGGCAGUUCUUCAGGUGCUGGGAAUGUGGCCGAUCGUGUUUUGGCUCAGCUCUUAACGGAAAUGGAUGGGAUUGAGCAGCUUAAGGACGUGACAAUUUUGGCAGCUACGAACCGCCCAGAUAGGAUAGACAAGUUUCAGGAGGUGAUGGGUGAUGCCAUAUGUAUGAUCAGACUGGAGUGCGCACGUGUUUUAGAACUGAAGGGCUUGGGAUCAGAGGCUUUGAUGCGACCUGGAAGAAUUGAUAGAAUCAUCUAUGUGCCUUUACCAGAUGCAGCAACAAGAAGGGAAAUAUUUAACCUGCAGUUUCACGGCAUGCCAAUUAGUAAGGAGGUUGACCUGGAUGAACUCAUUGUCCAAACUGAUACAUAUUCAGGAGCAGAGAUUAUAGCUGUCUGCAGAGAGGCAGCUCUUCUGUCUCUGGAAGAAGACAUCCAAGCCAAGUGCAUCAUGAAAAGACAUUUCACUCAAGCUUUGAGCGCUGUGACGCCAAGAAUUCCUGAAUCACUGAGGCGCUUUUAUGAAGAAUAUCAAGAGAAGAGUGGGCUGCAUACUCUCUGAGAAAAUAUGCGUGUUCGUUAUGCUAAAAAUUCUUUCUAGAGAAAACUUGUUCCUUUUUUAAAUUUUGUUUAAAGGGUGUUUUAAAAAAUUCUUAACAGACAGUAUAUCUGAAAUAACAUUCACUGGAAUUGAGGGACUUCAGUACUCACUGGCCUUUUAAAUCACAUGAGUACAAUGAAACUAUCUCUGGGCCUGAGUGUAAAUCACUUUUAUCUGGAAAUGUAUGCUGAGUUUCAAAAAAGCAGUCGUUGAGUUUUUCCAUUUUUGACCUAGCCCAUUUGUUUCAUAAAAUUACUUUCUUUCUCCAGAAUUCAUUUCAGUGCCUUCCCAAAUGCCAAACCUGUGAGCAUCAACUUUAUACAAGAAUAUAAAAAAGUGUAUUUGAAUAAACACAUGGUGAAGAACAUUCACAAAUCUUUAUUUAUUUUAUUUUAUUAUUUGCCAGAGGACGCAUGUGCGAGACAGAGGAGAGGGAGAAAACAU